AUGAGCCAAACAAAAGACUCUGGGGUGGAGGAGACACCUAAAUGGGACAACAAGGUUCAGUACCUGUUAACAUGUAUUGGCUUUGCAGUGGGAGUUGGAAAUGUCUGGCGUUUUCCCUACCUUUGCCAAAUCUAUGGAGGAGGUGCAUUCCUCAUCCCCUAUCUGAUAGCGCUGGUGUUUGAGGGCCUCCCUCUGCUCUACCUGGAGCUGGCUAUAGGACAGAGACUCCGCAUGGGCAGCGUCGGUGUCUGGUACACCAUCUCACCACUAUUGGGUGGAGUUGGAAUUGCCUCAAUGUUGGUGUCAUUGCUGGUGAGCAUUUUCUACAAUACCCUCCUGGCUUGGGUGCUCUGGUACCUCUUUAACUCUUUCCAAAACCCCCUGCCAUGGAGCCAGUGUCCACUCAAUGAUGACCUCACAGGCUAUAAUGCAGAAUGUGAAAAGAGCACUUCAGCGAACUACUUCUGGUACCGUGAGACCCUGAAUGUCACAACUGACAUUGAGACAAGCGGCUCCCUGCAUUGGUGGUUGGUCAUCUGUCUGGCCAGUGCUUGGUGUAUCGUCUACAUCUGCUUCAUUAAAGGCAUCGAGUCCAUGGGAAAGGCUGUGUAUGUGACAGCCACAUUUCCUUAUCUGGUGCUGACUAUUUUCCUGAUCCGAGCCCUCACUCUGCCUGGAGCUACUGAUGGACUUGUGUACCUCUUCACUCCUGAUUGGGAGAUACUGAAGAACCCACAGGUGUGGCUGGAUGCUGCCACGCAGAUCUUCUUCUCUCUCUCGGUAGCCUUUGGAGGUCUGAUAGCUUUCUCCAGCUAUAAUCCAGAGAGAAAUAACUGUGAGAGAGAUGCUGUUCUAGUAGGAAUAAUAAAUAGUGCCACAUCUCUCUACGGCUCCAUUCCCAUCUUCUCCAUUCUGGGAUUUAAAGCAAACAACGCCUUCAACUCCUGUAUGAAGGAAAACAUCUUGGUUCUGACCAACGAAUUUGAGAUUGCAGACCAGAUCAUCACAGUGGAGAACUAUGAUGACUGGAUUAAGCAUCUAAAUAGUUCAUUUCCGGGUCAGAUGGCCAAUGUGAACCUGACUCACUGUAACCUGCAAACAUUCCUCGACCAGAGUGCAUCAGGUACCGGCCUGGCUUUUAUUGUGUUCAGCGAAGCAGUGAUCGAGAUGCCAGGCUCUCAGAUAUGGGCUAUACUGUUCUUUAUCAUGCUCUUCAGCUUGGGCCUCACAUCCAUGUUUGGCAACAUAGAGGGAGUCCUCAAUCCUGUAAGGGAACUCAAACUGGUGCCCAAGUGGAUCCCAAAUGAGCUCGUAACAGCGGCCAUCUGCUUAGUAUCCUUCUUGAUUGCUCUCAUCUUCACCCUGGGCUCGGGGAACUACUGGGUGGAGGUCUUUAACAGCUAUGUGGGCUCUGUACCUCUGCUCAUCGUUGCACUCUUCGAGAUUAUUGGAGUCAUUUAUGUCCGUGGAAUGAAAACUUUCAGUGAAGACAUUUAUUUCAUGACCGGGAAGAGGCCCAACAUCUUCUGGAAGGUGUGCUGGAUGGUCAUCAGUCCUUUAAUGCUCCUGGCGGUGCUUGUUUCCUAUGUGGUUGUCCAGGCACAGAACCACCCCUCUUAUCCUGCAUGGAACCCAGCCUAUGAAAAAUUUCCAGAAACUGAAACAAAGCCCUAUCCAGACUGGGUGUUUGCCAUAAUCAUCCUCCUCUGUGUUGUGCCCGUGAUUUCCAUCCCUCUGGUGGCUCUCUACAAACUGAUCUGCCGUGGCAUCAAGAAGUCCUCUGCUCGUGCUGACCUAAAUCCAUACUGCAAUGAUGGUUUCGAGGUUGAAACACUGGAAUAGUUUAAUCAGUCAGGCUCAGCUAGAACAGACUUUGCUACUGAUGUUUACACUUAUCUGCAUUUAAUAGGAGCUGAAAACUGUUUUAUUUACAUAUUUAACAGUGAAAUUCUUUCAUUUGUACAUUGUUGGAUAGUGCUAAUGAACAUGAUGUAAAUAACUAUCAGUCUAACACAUCAUACUGUAACUCGCAGCCAUAUCACAACACUUCAUUGCAGAGAUCUAAAGCUCAUCCAAAUGAUCUUCCAGAUGACGUCAUGUCUUCUUUGUGGAAAACUACCACAAAGUAUAAAUCAAAGUCCAGACAGACUAACAGCUGUGGGAUGGGGUGGGCUCUGUAACAGUAGCUGGAUGAUUUUAAGUUAUCUAUUUUUAUUGAUCUGGUGGAUGUUGGCUUAUAGGGUGUGUUUAUGACUGAGCUUUAUCACUUAAAUGUUUUAUAACAGAUAAAUAAGCACUGUGUCUCUCUCAUUUAAACCCUCUUCUGAACACUGUUUUGAGGAAGAAAAAAAUAUGGAUAAACUCGCAACAAGAACAUUUUAGUAAAGCAGGACUAAGUUCU